AAAGGUCACACACACACACACACACAGUCACACACUCAUACCAAGACAGGUCGAUGGCGUAGCGGGUCACCAUGUAGCUGACCUAGUGUUCCUUAAUACACGUUCCAGUCCCCUCCAUUGCCUCACCCUUCACGCCAGGAACACUGAGGAACAUGAAUGCGUUCUCAGCCACCACUGCCCGCCUGGCCUGGGCUGCGGCUCAUCAAGGGAUGGAGUCGCCACUCGUCAGUGAAUAUAAGAAACCAUUCAUCAAGCGCCGCCUCCUGGAGACCUUCUUAGGGGGCCUACGCCUGGGUGCCUCAGAGGACGCUCCCCUCUAUGUAUACUGCUUCCAGGUGGCACUGUUCUCGGUGGUGCCCCUGGUGACGGUGGUGUUUGUGUUGCUGGAGCAGAGUGAGCUGGUGACAGUCAUCCAGGCCAUUUUCAUCAGUGGUGCCUUGGACUUACUGUACUCGCUGCUGUUGCAAGUGGCGGCAUCACAGCUACGGGGACGUCAGGCCAAGGAGACUGACUUGUCACAGGUCAAUAUAGCUACAGAUGAGGAAGUCAUAGAGUUUGACUCUCCCCUUGGCCCCAAGACCUGGACCUUCCUUAUCAGAGAGAAGAAACUGAAGGGAGGCAUCUUGAUCUCCUCCUUGCUUACUGGAGUGGUUGGAGGCUGCUCAGUGUACUAUGUCCGGCCAUCCACCACAUAUCACCUUGGCCCGCCAUGGGCUGCCUCUCUUGCCUUCAGUCUGCUGGGUCUCCUGACAGUGGCUGUGGGCAUCUGGCCACUGAUUGGAGGCAGUCCACCUGAGCCAGCCACCUUUCACCCACUCACCUGGGACCUCCCCACCCUCUCCCGGCCUGCACACAUCAUGACCUGCAUCUUGGUGCACUUCCUGGCCAGCCACCAUCCCUAUCCUUGGCUGCUUCACGUUGAUGCCUUCUGUCACAUCCUCUUCACUCUUGCUCCUGCCCUCUGGCUUCUGGGGAUCCUGCCCCCCAUUGAUGCCUACAUUCUCUGGCUCCUGGAACAGUGGCUGGUUCUGGUGCUGGGAGGGUCCCCAAUGUCCUCCACACGGCGGCUGGUGGUGCACGUCAUCCUAGGCACACUCUCUCUCUUCAUUGUGGCGGCACUGCCCACCUUUUCGUCCGUCAUGGUCUUUGCUGCCUGCCGAGGCUUCAUCUUCAGUGUUGACAUGGCCUGGAUGAUCUCCUCCCUGCUAUCCCACCGGGUGUCCAUACUCACAGGUUUCUCUGGGAAGUAUGAUGAGACACACCCAGGGCCUGGUGGCAGCACUUCCCUACGCCGCAUCACCUGCCACCGAGAAUUGGCUCUUGUGGUGCCCAUGCUGGCAGCUGUGACAGGCAUGAGUCUGGGCUGCCACUUGCCUCACCUGGACUGGUAUGAGCAGGUGGUCAACAUUACCCUACAGAAUGGUACAGUCUCCAAGCUGCCCACCAGGCCUGCCUUGUUUCAGGAGCCUGCACGGGACACUGUUGGUGGUGGUCUGCUGGUCCUGACGGCGGCCAUGCUGCUGGUGGGGGAGGGCCAGAAAGUGUACCUCCUUGGCCUGGUGAGGAACCCCUUCUUCCCAUCGCUUGGCUCAGCCCCAUCUGUGGCUGACAGUGGUGGUGGUGGGUCAUCCUGCCUUCAUAUCUACUCCCAGCUGCUCCUUAUAGGAUGUCCUCUCCUCUCACUGGUGUUCAUCCAUCAGACCAUUGCAGCAGAACUUCCCCUCCAAGCUGCUGCCUUCCCUGAGACCUUUGACCACUUCCUCCUCACAGUGCCUCUAGCCAGGAUUAUGCGCCAAAUCUGGCAGUUUCCACAGGCAUCCUUCCUGCAGCUCUCUGUCUACUACAUCCUGGACUUGGUGAGGCGUCAGGGAGGAAGCAAGAGUGGUCCUCUGGAAUUGUGGACUGCCCUCUCUCCUGCAGUGCGAAUGUUUAUUCUCAGUCUGGCACACUUGUGGGGCACUCGAGCACUCCACCGACUCUCCACUGUGUUGCUUUUCCUCAUGACUCCCUUCACAGAGAAGAAGCACAAGACCUCAGUCAAUUUUUUUCUCUUGGGCUUCAAUCUAGCCCUGUCUCCAGUACUGCUGGCCUUGGUGGUGAUCUCAGCAGUGAUCUGUGCACCACUACUGCCUGUGUUCACACUGCCAGUGUUCCUCUUGGGCUUCCCAAGACCACUCAGGUUUUGGUCGUACCCAGUAGGUCGUGCUUCAAACUCAUGUGAAGAUUCAGUGUACUACCAGCAGUUGACACCCCAUGUGAUGCUGGCCCUGCACACCCACCUGCAGUCCGGCGCCCUCGGGAUUACAGAGCCCGGCGAACACUUUUUGUUGCGCUGGGAGGAUCGUUUCAUGUGGGUUCAGAUCCUGGAGACAGGCUUCACUUACCAAUACUACAGUGUCAAGGGACUGGAGCUUCAGGAGACAAGCUGCCACACUGCUGAAGCCUCACGUGUUGAUGCCAACUUUAGCCGGGCAUUUGACUUUCUUGAGAGUGGCACUGGACGCAGCAAGGGAAGUGCACUGGCAUCCUUUGUGAACCGGCAAGCCUUCCACACCCUGACGCCACUCACUCGCUUCUCAGUGCCGGGAUACUCAGACACCCGCAACGUGCUGACAGGUGUGCUGGACUCGCCUGACACACUAACAUUGGUGCGGGAUUAUUUUUUGAAGGCUCUUGUCUUUGUACUGCUGGACCAUGCCGUUACCCGAGCCAUUGGUCAGCCUCCCAUGCCUCCUGCUGGCCAAGGCCGGCCACCCACCAGCAGCAAAAGUCAGGAGCAUCUGAGAAAUCUUCCUCGUGUGGGCCAGGGAAGGCACUCACUCCCAGAGACUCCAUCACCUCUGGAAUCGGAGAGAGAAAGCCCUGUGGCUUUCAUGAGAGAGCGAAGGUUCUCACACUCCUCGUGGCAGAGCGGACGCGGCAGCCGCAUAGCUUGGGCCGGGGAACAGAGCGACAUCCCUAUUGUGCGCACAGGAGACACUCCACCUCCCCGAGCCUGGGACAGGGGACAGGAGCUGAGCAGGAAUGAGUGGACAACAGAACAUCCCCCAAGGAAGGUCCAGGGCCGUGGUUCAUCUGGCUCCAUAGGCGACCACAAAUCGGUUAGCUUUAUACCAGGGAUAAUGUAUGACUCUGAUGAUGGGGAUUCUCCUCGUCAUGUUGGAAAUAACUAUCAGAAAAAAACCUCCUCCCGUGUGGUGAACCUGCGGGUGGUGCCUCGGGGUGCCCCACCCUCCCCUCCCAUCUACGAGAGUCCCCUAAGUGCAGCACUGGGCCCUCCGCCCGACUGGAUGACUGACCCACCCCUUGAAGCAGAGGCUCUGGAGGAAGCCCAGGAUGCCUUCCCUCAUGCCUGGUUCAAGUUCCUGCUCAGUACCUUUGGCCACAUGUACCUGCAGCGACUUGAUUCAGCCCCCCUGCCCCCCAUGCCUCCCCCAAGCACAGCCUCCAGCUCAUCGGAGGCGUCCAGCCAGCCCUCCAGCGCCCAGCCUGGCAGGGCAGCAGGGCACGGGGCACAGGGGGGGCAGGGGGAUGCUGUCAUUCAGAGGAUGCAGUAUGAUGAAACUCUUGAAGAUGCCUACAGAUUACUUAUUGGGACCUGCCACCUAAUAGUGAUGGGCACAGAUGACCUGCCACCCACCCCAUCACAAGUAUACAAGACCUUCAGUGGAGAGAUAUCAUGGUCCAUGUACCUGGACUGGCUUGUCAAUAAACCUGUGCUCUUCAACCUAGUGCUGCUGGCAUACAGGAUUGGAGUGAAGCUCUCCCUGGACCAUGCACUGAUUGGAGGAAUGACAGGGUGGGCUGAGCUGCAUGCCACUCUGGAGGACUACACCCGUAACUGGUACCUUGGUCCUGACACACGGCUGCCUGAGCCAAGUCCCAACUCUACUCAGCCACCUGAAGGACUGCAAGGAAAGGCACUGGAGUACAAGGAGGGUGGUGUGUGGGGUCCCCAGAGCUGGACAGAGGCAGUCAAGAUGGAAGUGCCAAAUCUGUUUUCUCUGGGUCACAAUACAGUCAAGAGGGUGUACACCUCACAUCUGCUGACUCUGGGGGAGGCUGAGGUGCGGGUGGGCCAGUUGGGCGGCGAGACAGUGCGUGGCUUGUGGGCGUCCCUGGUGGUGGAGCUGCUCUAUCUUACCAAUGAUGACGAUGAGCGUUACUCUAUCCAGGCUCAUCCAGGGCUCCUUCGUAACCUCACCAUUCAGGCAGCAGAUCCCCCUCUCGGUUACCCCAUCUUUUCAAGUCCUCCAUUGCGCCUUGCUGCGACUUGGCUCAGUGCCACCUAUCAGCAAAUACACCAACAGAACAAGCAACACCAACAGCAACAGUAGCUCAUGUAGAAAAAUAAGUAAAGAGUGAGGGCAGGCUGAUAGGAAUGUGUUAGUUUGGUGUUCAGGUGAAGCUCAUUUGUGAUGGAAUGUUUCAAGCAGGGAACUGCUUCCCAGAUAUCCCUUGUGUAUUGUAUCUGCACAUGUUCAUAUUUUUACUGUAUCAAAGUCUAGGAAAAGGUGCUUGAAUAUUCAGUGUGUGUGUGUGUGUGUGGUGUUUCACUGUUUGAUCUGCUGCAGUCUCUGAUGAGACAGCCAGACGUUAC